UUGGAAAAUCUAUCAUCAUCCUCAAGCUGGAAGUAUCUUUCUCAAAUACAGUCCCUUAAUUCUCUCAGCUUGCCAAAUAUGGAAAAUUUUCACAGAUUUCUCAUUGCAAUUUUUAGCAUCAGCUGCUUCAUAGUUUCCAACAACAUCGCCGACGCAACUUACACUGGCAUCACUAGGCACUACAAGUUUAAUGUUAAGCUCCAAAAUGUGACAAGAUUAUGCCACACCAAGAGCAUUGUGACGGUUAAUGGGCAGUUUCCAGGACCUCGCAUUGUUGCUCGAGAGGGUGAUCGACUUGUUAUCAAAGUUGUCAACCACGUCCAGAAUAACAUUACCAUUCAUUGGCACGGGAUCAGACAACUACGAAGUGGCUGGGCGGAUGGGCCGGCAUACAUAGCGCAAUGUCCCAUACAAACUGGGCAGACAUAUGUAUACAAUUUCACUGUAGUUGGACAGAGAGGCACACUUUGGUGGCACGCCCACAUUUCUUGGCUCCGAUCAACCCUUUAUGGACCUAUCAUUAUUCUCCCUAAGCGCGGUGUUCCAUACCCUUUUCCCCAACCCUAUAAGGAAGUUCCUAUAAUCUUUGGAGAAUGGUGGAAUGCAGAUCCUGAAGCCGUCAUUGCUCAAGCAUUGCAAACAGGAGGUGGUCCAAAUGUUUCGGAUGCCUACACCAUCAACGGCCUUCCCGGUCCAUUAUACAACUGCUCUGCUAGAGACACCUUCAUGCUGAGUGUUAAACCAGGCAAAACUUAUCUCCUCAGGAUAAUCAAUGCUGCACUCAAUGACGAACUCUUCUUUAGUAUUGCCAAUCACACUCUCACAACAGUGGAUGUUGACGCCAUCUAUGUCAAGCCCUUUGAGACAGAUACAAUCAUUAUAACUCCAGGCCAAACCACCAAUGUCCUCCUCAAAACCAAGCCCUAUCACCCUGAGGCCACCUUCCUUAUGAUGGCUCGGCCUUAUGUUACAGGAAAUGGAACUUUUGACAACUCCACUGUUGCCGGAAUCCUCCAAUAUCAACACCCAAAACCAUCCAUUUCAAUCAAGAAACUUCCUCUCUUCAAACCCACACUUCCAGCUCUAAGAGACACGUCUUUUGUUUCCAACUUCACCAACAAACUUAGAAGCCUAGCAAAUGCCCAAUACCCAGCUAAUGUACCAAAGAAUGUUGAUAAACACUUUUUCUUCACUGUGGGAUUAGGUACCAACCCAUGCCCUAAAAACCACACAUGUCAAGGUCCAACCAAUAAAACUAUGUUUGCUGCUUCGGUUAACAAUGUCUCCUUUGUCACGCCAACCAAAGCUCUCCUCCAGACUCACUUCAUACGGUCUCAUUCCCUCCACCAAUCACAACAGGUUUUCACCACCGACUUACCCUCCUCACCACUGAUACCCUUCAACUACACUGGCACACCGCCUAACAACACGAUGGUUAUGAAUGGAACAAAGGUGAUGGUGCUUCCAUUCAAUACCAGCGUGGAGCUGGUGAUGCAAGACACCAGCAUUCUUGGAGUAGAGACUCAUCCCCUUCACCUCCAUGGGUACAACUUCUUUGUAGUUGGUCAAGGCUUUGGAAACUUUGAUGCAAAAAAAGACCCUGCAAAGUACAACCUUGUUGACCCUGUUGAAAGAAACACUGUUGGUGUGCCUGUUGGCGGGUGGGUAGCCAUUCGUUUCCUUGCAGACAAUCCAGGAGUAUGGUUCAUGCACUGUCAUCUGGAAGUUCACACCAGCUGGGGAUUGAAGAUGGCCUGGGUGGUUGAAGAUGGAAAGCUGCCUAAUCAGAAGCUGCCACCCCCACCCUCAGAUCUUCCAAAGUGCUAACAAUGCUCCGAAAAUUUUGAUGUCUCCCUCAGAAAGUUUUCUCCCUGAUUUAUGUUCAACAAAUACCAGUGCCACUCAUGUAAUUUGUCAAACCCUUGUAGGAAAGAGUGGCCUGAAUAGCAAUAGAAAGUUUUUCUUUUAAUUUCCCAUUCUGCAUUAUUUCCCAUUCAAAUUUUCUUGUUUAAAGACGAAGACAAAGAUGUUGUAAACUUUGAAUCUCAUGCAUUUUUCAAGAGGAAAACAUCAAUAGUUCAACACUACAAAAGAUUAUUAAAAUAUCUGACACUGAA